AUGCUGCGCAUGCGGAUGCUUUCAGGAGAGGAGGUGGCAUCGGUACCUGCGGGAGAGGAGGUGGCCAACGUGAGGGCGUUGAAGCUUGUACUGAACAAGCAGCACGGGUUUGCCCCGCGAUUCAGGCAAAGGCUAUUCCUUCGUGGUGAUCUACUAGAAGAUGCUUUCGAGCUAGCCACUUCUGCGGACAUGGUCCUAGAGUUUGUGGUGCUCGACUUCGCAAACGUCUCGCCACGCAAAGUGGAGAAAUUGAUUCGAGCUGCCAGAUCCGCCAAGCUGUCCAAGGUUGAGUCUAUGCUUCAGCUUCCACAAGAUCCCAAUCUUACAUCUCAGUCAGGUAAGACGGCGCUGGCAAGUGCUGUAUCUGCGAACCACUUGGAGAUCGCGCGAGUGCUCGUCGAAGCCGGAUCCCGCGUGGAUGCUGCAGUGAGUCAUUAUGGCUUGACGCCGCUGUCCAUUGCAGUCACGGGUCGCGGCGGCAGUGUCGCGAUGGUGCAAUUCUUACUGGAGGCCGGAGCCAACAUCGAUUCAAGAAAUACAGAUGGUACAACAGCUCUCGCACUAGCCGCUGCGUAUGGCUGCACCGAAGUCGUGCGUUUGCUACUCCUCGAGGGUGCCGGGGUCGACUUGACGGACCACAUUAAUGGCUGGACAGCAUUGACUUCGGCCAGUUCUCUUGGCCAUGCGGAAAUUGUGCAAGUUCUGCUUGAGUUCGGCUCCAAUGUGCACCAUAUGUGUCGUGCUGGCACGGCACUAACCUUGGCGUCCUUCAGUGGCCACGACGCAAUUGUGCGAUUGCUUUUGCAGCACAGGGCACAAGUCGAAGACCACGCCGUGUUUGCCGCAUCUAAUCAAGGUCACGUGAACUGUGUGCACCUGAUGCUGGCGGCCCAAUGCCGGAGGAAAGUUUUGACAGCGCGCAGUUCCUUCCGUCGAAGAUUGGUAUGCUCUGUGUCAUUAACGCGUGCAUCGAGACAUGGUCAUGCCAACCUCGUUCAAGUACUGCUCGAAGCCCACGCCGACAUGGAAACACGAACCCCCGACUUUACCGCGCUGAUGGAGGCUUCUCUGUACAGCCGGGUGGACGUGGUUCGUGUUUUGCUGAAGGCAAGUGCCGAUAAGGAUGCAACGGAUCGAGAUGGCACCACGGCUUUGAUGCUGUCAUCGAUGACAGGCAACGCCGAGAUUGUUCGCAUGCUGCUAAAGGCGGGUGCCGACAGAAACUUGGUAUCCAAAGAUGGAAGCACAGCGAUGAUGGAGGCUACUUCGUGGGGACACAUCGAGGUCAUGGGCUUGCUGAAGCCUCGAAAGCGCAAGAGGGAGACCCUUUCUUAG